GCUCUCCAUGGAUUCUUAAUUAAGAUCCGUUUGUUAGGACCAAAAAGCAAAAACAUAGAGAUUUUAGACAAACUGUCUCUAUCACCAACGGCUUCUUCUUUAUCAAACACACAUCAAAGCGCGGUGUGCCUUUGAGGAUACCAAGAAGAAAGGAGAACCUUAUGGUGUGAUGGCCUCUGAGAGGGAAGAUUUUAGCUUCUCAGGGCCCUUACACCUAACUGCUGUGGAUUGGACAAAUACACAUCAUCGAAGGUCUGUUGCUGCCAGUUUAGUUCAGGGUGUCUACAUUUUAGAGCGGGAUCGCCAGCUGAAACGUCUAGAUCAAGAAGCUCUCGCUAAUCCCUGGUGGGAGUUUUUCCAUUUUCAGCUGCUUCGAAAGCUUGUGGACGAUGUUGAUUCCUCCAUGUUUGGUGCCAUAUAUGAAUUCAAACCUCCGACGACUUAUAACCAUGCACUAGAAGGAAGUCCUCGUUAUGUAAUUGCAUUUCGAGGUACUUUAACAAAACCAGAUUCCUUAUCACGGGACUUGGAGUUGGACCUUCAGAUCAUCCGACACGGACUUCAUGAAACAUCUCGAUUUGAAAUCGCUAUGCAAGCAGUUAGAAAUAUCGUUGCUACUGUUGGUGAAUCGAAUGUGUGGUUAGCUGGUCAUUCCCUAGGGGCAGCAAUGGCCUUACUUGCCGGUAAGACCAUGGCCAAGACAGGCGUCUUUAUUGAAGCUUUUUUGUUCAAUCCGCCAUUCUUCUCUGCCCCAAUCGAACGGAUCAAAGAUAAACGAGUGAAACAUGGGUUACGGAUUGCAGGCAGUAUGAUAACGGCAGGUCUUGCCUUUGCUGCAACUGCAAAGAAGAGCUACGAAAAUCGAAACAAUAACAAUCUGGCUGUAAUUAGUCAACAAAACUGUCGAUCCAUCGACGUGUUUAGUGCUGUAUCGGCAUGGAUACCGUGUUUAUAUGUGAAUCCAGGGGAUCAUUUAUGCUCUGAGUACAUAGGGUAUUUUGAGCAUAGGAAGAAGAUGGAAGACAUCGGCAUUGGAGCUAUUGAGAGGCUAGCAACUCAGACUUCAAUCAGCGGUCUUAUAACGAGUGCAAUGGGCAAGGAAUCUGAACCAAUUCAUCUUAUUCCUUCAGCUAAUUUAACUAUAAAUUUAAGUCCAUCUCAAGAUUUUAAGGAAGCUCAUGGUAUUCACCAGUGGUGGAGACCGGAUUUAGAUGUUCAAUCUAAGCUCUAUAAGUAUUAGUGGCAUCUAUGGAUUUUAUUAUGUUUUUGCUGGUGGAUCAUUGUGUAUCUGCAUUCUGCUGUAUGCGUUAUUUGCAUGUUCUUGAACCACAAUUGUAUACUCUGUAAAAGAAAAUUAUUGUAAUUGAUUUGUCUCUAAAUUUUACAAA